AUGGAGGCCGUGCUGAACAAGCUGGUGUCUGUGGACGACCUGCUGAAAUUUGAAAAAAAAUUUCAGUCCGAGGAAGCAGCAGGUUCAGUAUCCAAGAGCACCCAGUUUGAAUACGCCUGGUGUCUGGUGCGAAGCAAAUACAAUGAUGACAUCCGUAAAGGCAUUUCACUGCUGGAGGAGCUGCUGCCCAAAGGGAGCAAAGAGGAACAACGGGACUAUGUCUUCUACCUGGCUGUGGGGAACUAUCGGCUCAAGGAAUAUGAAAAGGCCCUAAGGUAUGUGCGAGGGGUGCUGCAGACAGAACCCCAGAACAACCAGGCCAAGGAGCUGGAACAUCUCAUUGACAAGGCCAUGAAGAAAGAUGGACUGGUGGGCAUGGCCAUUGUUUCCUGA